AUGUCUCUCUCUAAAAUUUUGGCGAAGGAGUCUCUUCCGGUUGGGUACCGAUUUCGCCCUAUUGACGAAGAACUCAUCAAUCACUAUCUGAAGUUGAAGAUCAAUGGCGGUGAUAAGCAAGUCAGUGUUAUUCGAGAGAUCGAUGUCUGCAAAUGCGAACCCUGGGAUUUGCCUGAGCGACUCUGGCUGGGUAUUGGAAGGCCACGGUAUUUUGAUGGAUAUGGAUAUCAUGGAACAUCAUUUGAGCAAACAUAUCGAUGUUACCCUGCAUCUUUUAUUGAUAAGCCACAGAUUGAAAAUGGUGAUAAAAUUAUAAUGCCUCCCUUAGCCCUUGACCGUCUUGCAUCUCUUCAUAUUGAUUAUCCUAUGUUGUUUGAACUUCGCAAUGCUGCUACUGAGCGCAUUUCUCAUUGUGGCGUUCUUGAGUUCAUUGCAGAAGAAGGCAUGAUAUAUAUGCCUUACUGGAUGAUGGAGAAUCUGCUCUUAUAAGAAGGAGACAUUGUGUGAGUGAAAAAUAUGACUCUCCCAAAAGGGACAUAUGUUAAACUGCAACCCCAUACAAAAGACCUCUUGGAUGUAUCCAAUCCGAAGGCCAUGUGAGUUUAUGAUCUUUUU